UGUGACGCGGGAAACUACACUUUCACAACUUUCACUGCAGCAGUGUUGCACGCUAGUAGGAUAGCGUUCAGUGCAAAAAGGAUUUUUUCUCGCCUCUUGUGUUGUGUUCUAAAAGAACGUGAUUCAUUCUUUAAUAUAGCAGUGGGAUUUCUUUUUCUUGAAAAAAGGUGCUAUGAAACCGAAAGAUAUUUUAAUACCAUUGCUCAUCUGUCUGACGUUUUCUCUAAUACCAGGAGAAAGUUUCCUACUCCCAUUGCUAUUUCCAGUUUCGAUCAAAAUAACAAUUCACUCUCAUCACAAGCCUCCGCCCCCUAAACCCAAACCAGAUUACCAUUUCUCAUCCAUUCCUGUUUAUAAGGAAGUAGUGGUCAAAGGCAGCCCCGAUUUUAGCGGAGCGGGAGGUUACAAGCAGAGUUACGGAGAUGGACACAAGUACAGCACCAGCUAUGGCGAUGGUUAUCUGAAAGUCUACACUGAAGAACCUCAUGUGCAAAAGGGUUAUGGUACAGGAUCUCAUAAACCUGUCUCUCAUUAUGCAGAAAUAUCAUUCACAGCAGGUAACUACAAAGAACCUGAUCACCAUAGUGUAAAUAAAGGCACUGAAUACGUUGAUGUUCAGGAACCUCACUACAAAGGUACUCCAUAUGGAAACAAUCAAUAUGUACAUUUUCCAGAAGAGCAGGCUCAGGUCCCAGAAGGUCAUUACAAAGGUACAAACUAUGAAGCUCCAAAAGGCCAUCACAAAGGAACGACCUACCAAGCUCCAGAAGGUCAUUACAAAGGAACAAACUACCAAGCUCCUGAAGGUCAUUACAAAGGAACAAACUACCAAGCUCCUGAAGGUCAUUACAAAGGAACAACUUACCAAGAACCAGAAGGCCACUAUAAAGGAACAGUUUACCAAGCACCAGAAGGUCAUUACAAGGGCACAGAUCAUAGUAUCCAUGAAGAUCAUAACCAAGUAUAUGGAUACAGAAAGAAGAAAGUAUUCCCUAAGAAUCAUAGUUUCAUAAAGCAGGUUAGUGGUUACAAAAUAUCAGACUUCUUGCCUAAUAAGGUACAACAGGAGCCUUAUCAGGACGAUGGUAAAGACGGAUACGUCUCUCAUGUUGCCAUACCACCCAAAGUAGAGCCAGGGCAUUCAUACGCUGAGAUAGCAGCAGCGCAUAAAGCAAACCAUGGACCUAAGGCAUACGAUUCAAAAGAGUACGCAGAUCUUGGGGCACACCAAUUCAAGGACCAACAAGAUUACUCAGAUCAAUCAGACUAUCUGGAUGAUUCAUUACCAGCUUAUAAGUAUCCUCCAAGUCGGGUUUAUACACACAGAAGCGGAUUAGUUGAUCCAGCCGAACCAACUCAGUAUGCUGGAUAUGGUACAACAUUUUAUGGAGACAGUUACGCUAGAAUAGUGUAUAAUCCUAAAGACUGGAAGAUAUCGCUACGUGCCUACAGACAUUAAUCAAAUGAUCAUAAUAAAUUAUCUUAUUUUUAUUGUUGAACUUUUGUAUAAAAAUAUGUAUCUAAAGUUAUAUUUUCGAACAAAAUGAUGGAUUUCAACAUUAGAAAUCCA